AUGUCUGAAAAAUUACCCCCAAUGAUGUCUACAGAAGAACCGGUCGAUGACGAAGAUGACGAUAUUUUUAGUUCGACAAUAGAUGUAAGUUUGCGAAUAAUUUUAAAACGUGUACGAAAAAGGGGCGUUGUUUUUAAAUUACAACAAUAGUGUAUUUACAACGAGGUAAACCAUUGUUUGUAUUUUUGCAUAUAAUAAUGAUUAAAUACCAUAGGAUCUUAGCAGUCUGCGGAAUGAAGAGUUAUAUAGUUCGGUGUCGACAGUUCCACCACCGUUAACCAACAUCAAUUUGAAUGAAGAACAUGCAGUUGUUGAUUCUGACGUGCCAUUAAAUAAACCCAAAGAGGUAGGUUUGAUAUCAUAAUAUGUGUCGUUCUAAGCAAUUGCAUUUAAUAAACACGUAUAGUUUAAAUGAAUUAGGGGACAACUCUAGUCAAUUAAUUAAAACUGCUCUCCCCUUCAAAUACAUUUAAAACAAUUUAUUUGUCAUACAUUUUAUUUUAAAAACUGACUGUUGAAAAUGAUAAUAUACAUUUCAUAUACUUAGAUAUUUCUUAGAUAUCAUUUAUUUCAUAUAUUCGUAUAUUAUAAAAAUAAUACUGGUAUCUAUUUUAAUAAUGGUUAUUUGUUUAUUUCAUUUUAAUAUGUAGGAAUGUAUGAAACUGCCUGUUUAAAUAUUAUUUAUCAAUGUUUUAACAAAUAAAUAGUAAUUAUUUAUUUAAAAUACAUCAUCAAAUUCCAAUAUUAUAAAUAUACAGUAAAAUUAUUUUAUAUAUCUAGCUAGUUAUUAUAUUACACAUCGCUUUACUCAUAUUACAAAUUUUACUAUCAACAAUUUGCAUUGAUAUUAAUAUCAAUUACUUAUAUGUCUAUUAAAAUAGUUUAGAUAAUGACAAAACCUAUUUUUCAUUUAAUAACUCAAUAAAUAAUUUAUUAUAUUACUGAAGUGAAUAUAAUCUGGUAAUUAUUGAGUAAAAACUACAAAUUUCUAUUAAUAUUAUAUCCUGUUUCAUUAAAAAAUAUUAAUUAUUUUGCUGACCAACAAUAAUUUUAGAUUUUGGGCGAAGCGAAGAUUGUAUUGGUUUUACAAUGAUGAAAAAAAUCAUAAAUUGUAGCCCUUUAUAAAAUGAAAAUUUGAACUUCAUUUAGUCUCCUUUUUCUUUAAUAAUGAUUAAUUGUUGCAUACAGACUACAAUUAUACAUUAAAUUCCCUGAUAUAUCCUACCUUUCCAACUUCUCACCUACACAGUGGCCCACCUAUCUUGAAAAAUAUGUCGCUCUUUUUUUAAAAAUUGUAUCUUUUAAUUUUGAACUUAGACAGACAAUUAUUGAAGGCGUGAUAAGACUUUUAAAUUAGAUUUUAACAUUUUGUUUUUUAUUUAUUUGCAAUUUUCUUUGAUGAAACAUAAGAAAAACAAUUUUAGUAGUUGUCACAAACAACUUUACUACCAAUAUUGGUAGUUAUUAGACACAUAAAUUAUAAAUGAUUCUGAAAAUAAUAUUAUGUGAGACAUGUAAAAUUUAUUUUUUUAUGGUAACCCAAUCAGUGUUUCCCAACUUUUUUGGUAAAAUGACUCGCAAAAUCUCAUUAGCUGUGUUCCUCCUCAAGAAAAAAAAAAUUAUGCCAUGAAAUAAUGUACAUUUUAUAAUAAUUAUAAAGAAUUUUAGAAAAAAUUAUAACUUUUUUCUUAAAUUGAAUUAUGAUCAACACCAUCAAAAAUAUCCAAUGAUCUAGAAUAUACCUAAUUUGGAAAACACUGGCCUAACCUGAACAACACCGGAUAAUGCCAAGUUGUAAUCUUAUCUAUAAAUAAAUUUGUAUAUUAUAUUCAGAUAAAUUAAGGCAUACUUUUUGUGAUUUAAAAUUGCAUUAAAAAAAAAACUUGCAUAACUUCAUGAUUGUCAUGUUACAAUGUUGAUAAAAACAAAAAAAUGCAUUAAUUUUUCCAAUGCUAUCCAUAAUUAUUAACAUUGAACUGAUUAAUUAUACAUUGGUGUAAAAUUAAAUAAUCACUGUAAACAACAGUCCAGAAUGUAAUAUUCUUGAAUUAAGUAAAAACCCAUGAUUUCUAAGUAUUCUUUAAAUUUCUAACUAAGUCUUUUCACUAAAAUAUCGCCAAUAGCUGUUCUUAUCCAGUCAGCCUUUUCCCUUCACCUGGCCCUAAAUCAAAGCUUUUCCACCAAUCCUUUUUGUUCUUUCAUUUCAUACAAGAUUAUCUUUGGCAAAAAAAAAUAAAAAUACUCAGCUAUAGACUGAUACUACUAGUUCUAUAUUUUAGACACAAUUACUAAUGUUGCAGUCUGUGAAAUUGCAGUUCUAAUUAUUACAUUCCGGUUUAUUCCUUCGAGUACUUUACAUUUCUAAACAUUACGUUCCGAGUUUAUUCCCCCUACAAUAUAAAUGAUUAAGGAAAAAAAUAUUUUCAUAAGGGUUUAUCAUUAGACACUGUUAGUUAAAUAUUUGUUUAACUGAUACCAUCUACUUUAUGUAUGCAAUUAUAUAAACACUUUGCUAUUAACAUGUAAAUACUUUUGAUAGGUAAUGAUUAGCUAGCAUAACUGGUUGCGUACAUUUUUUUUGUUGUUGGAUUAACAUUUUCAUAAAUCAUUUAUUUUUAUCAUAACAUUAAUAAUAAAAUUUUAAAAAAAUGUUCGAAAUAAGUUUAGUUGUAUGGGGUAAAUAUUUCCUCGUACAGCGGGUACUUAUUUUUCAUGCAUGUGCACAAUUCAUACUAAAGUAGUUUUUGGAAUGCUAAUAGUGAUCAUUGUGUUAUAAUCUUAGAUCAUAUACAACAGAUGGAGCUACGGACGUACCUCAUAUGAAACGACUAUGUCGCCAACAUAGGUAUGUAGCUACUGCGCAUGCGUCGCCCUCUUCAUAAUGCCAUUAUAACCUAUAUUGGAUGUUCGGAAAAUAAUUCUGUGAUAAAACUGAUAACAGUACUUCGCGCAUACGCAAAAUCGGGUUGCCCUCUUGAUAUGUUGGCGACACGUUGAUUGCCAAUAGCUCUAUCCAUUGUACAAGGUCUAAGGUGGAUUAAUUCACCUUGGUUGUAAUAAUAUUUCGAUAAGCUAUUAAUAAUCACGAACCUGUUCUGAUAACUACAUGAACUUUCAUUUAAAAAUAAAUUGGGAGAUUACUUUUACUUCGCGGGAUGGGUUAAAUUAACGCCUUUGUUAUGAAGAUAAUUAACAUGCAUUUUCAAGUAAAAUAAAAAAUAAAAUUUUAUAUUUUUACUGGUAUUUAUGGUUUUUAUACAAAUAUAUUUAAUGUUUGCAAAUUAUUAAAUUGUAUCAUUAUCAUAAAUACAUAUUACCUAUGCUGUACACUACACUACAGGUAUCUAAAUUUAUUUUCAGCCUAAAUACUCUUAAAACAUUUAGAUGAGUGUAGUUAAAUAGAAUAUUAAUUAUUUUUAAACAUUUAACCAUUUUUCCAUAUAUACAGAUACAUUUGUUUUGACCAAUUUAACUUCUAAUUAAGAAGUUAGGGUAAUUAAUAAUAUAAAUUGUAUUUAUUUGGUUAAAAACAGUACUUUAAUUUGGCCAAUACAUUUUUUUUUUAUAUGUAUUAUGGUGAUAUCUCUGGUGAGAAGUUUAUUAAUAUGGUCGUUGAAGAGAGACCACCCAUUGGUGGUACUAAAACCAACAAUUUAAAUAAAGUAAAUAAGUAUAUAAAUAAAACAAUGUUAUAUAUACAUUAUUUAUUUAUAUAUUAAUUUUUUUUUAUUUAUUUACGUGUAAUAACCAUUUUAGUAAUUUUGUUUUUACUUAAUUAUUCUAUUAUUCAAUAAUUUAAAUAAUUAUUUGUUAAUGGAUUUCUUUUAUACCAAAUAAAGUUAAAUUUUUAGACAAUUAGCUUUGUAGUUUAUUCAAAAUAAUCUGUAUCAUUUUGAUGAUUGGGUUGAUAAUUGUACGUAUUUAAUAUAUUUUCUACAUGUCCCAUAUAAUAUACCAUAUAUAAAACAUGAACACGAUUUUUUUAUGAAAUAUAUUAUUAAUAUUUACUAUAUUGAUUUUAACAAAUAUCCAUGAACUUUAUUUAUAGGUUUUUUUUAAUUUAAUGUGUAUCUAAUAUUGUAUUCAAUUCUGUAUUAAUAUUAAAGUAUUUACUGUUUACAUAUAUUUCAGUUCAAUUAGGAAAUACUUAAAUAAAAACACUUCAUUAUAAAAACAAUACUACCUCAGCUACACAUCAAGGCUAAAACAUAAAUUGUAUUAUUACAAAUCACAUUUAUCUUGGUGAAAUUAAACCAGUAAAAAUAAACUUUUAAACUAUAUAAUCAUAAUUUAAUAGACUUAUUAAAAAUUAAUAUCACAAAUUAUAUCCGAUGGCUACUGUUUAGUAGAUCUAUAAUAAAAAAAUAUAAAAACUUAUAUGCAUGUAUAAUACAUGUUUUAUAAGUUACUGUAUUCUAAUACUAUAUACUAUAUUAUUUUCUAACACUGAUUUAAUCAAUAAAUUAUUUAUAUAGACUAGAAUUAUUAUAUUUUUUUGUAAGUUUAAUAUGGUUGGGUGGCUUCCCAAAUUUGGAUGUUAUAAGACCAAAUAUGCAUUAUAUAGAAUUUAUUUAUUUUAUGAUGUUGAAAUUAUGACUAAACUAGUCAAAAAUAUUAUUGAUUUAUUAAUUUUUAUUAUUGUUAAAGGAACAGUUGCCUAAAAAAAAACUAAUUUCUAAUGGGUUUGAAGAAGAAAUUGAUUUAAAAGAAAACGAUACUUCUUCAAAUGCUGAUGAAAUUAAUAAAUUAGUAGAUGUACCACACGUAACCAUUAAAGAUAAGAUUAUAGAAAAUAUUGAACAAAACAAUAAUUUUAUAAAAAUAUCUAUAUCUGAAAGUACAAAAGUUGGAGAAGGCAUGAGCUCCUAUGUUGCAUACAGAAUUGUUACCCGUACAAACAUGCCCAUGUUUAAAACAAAUAACAUGGCAGUACUUAGAAGAUUUAGUGACUUCCUAGGAUUACACAAUAAGCUAACUGAAAAAUAUUUGAGAAAUGGGCGUCUUAUACCACCAGCUCCUCAAAAAAAUAUGUUAGGUAAGCUAGACAAGCAAUAAGCAGUGAAAUACAAUUUAAUUGAUAAUAUUUUAAUUGUAUAAAGGUUCUACUAGAAUCAAAAUAUCUGGAAACCAAUCUGAUCAGGCAACAUCAGCUGAAUUUAUUGAGAAAAGACGUUUGGCUUUAGAAAGAUUCUUAAAAAGAAUUGCUUUACAUCCGAUUCUUCGUAAUGAUAAACAUUUUUGUGAAUUUCUAGAACAGGGUACUUUUACUGUUAAUAUAUUAAUAUUGGUCAUUGAUUGAUUAUAUUCAUUUUUUAUAGAUUGUGAACUUCCAAAAGCAACCAGUACCUCAGCAUUAAGUGGUGCUGGUGUUAUGAGGCUUUUUAAUAAAGUCGGAGAAACUGUUAACAAGAUUACUUAUAAAAUGGAUGAAAACGAACCUGUAAAUUAAACAUAUAUAUAUAUAUAUAUUUUUUUUUUUUUUUUGUAUUAUUAUUAUUUAUUAUUAUCAUAAAAUAUUUAGUGGUUUGAAGAAAAAGAAGUUCAAAUAGAAAAUUUAGACCUGCAACUCCGCAAUUUACAUGGUGCUGUUGAAUCGUUAGUGAUUAAUCGUAAGGAAUUGGCACAUUCUAGUGGAUCAUUUGCCAAAUCUGCAGCCGUAUUGAGUAAUUGUGAAGAACAUACUGGAUUGUCCCGCGCUUUAUCUCAACUGGCAGAUGUAUUUGAGAAGGUUAAUUAAUAUAACAUAAAUGCUAUUUGUUUUAAAGGUUUUUUUAUUUAUUUUUAAUAGGAUAAGUACUCCAAUAGUGUUUAAUUGGAAUAUUAAAGCUGUUAACCUUAAUGGUUUGUUUUAUUAUUUAAAAUUAAAAUAUGUUGUUUUUGUUUAUUACAAAAAGUAAUAAUAUACUUCAACUUAUUAAUGAUAGAAAAACACCAUUACAAUUAUAGUGUUCAUUUUUAAAUAGUAUUAUAUGUUGUAGGUCGAGUUGGUAAGAACUGAACAAGCAAAUACAGAUUUUUCGAUUUUUUGUGAACUAUUAAAAGAUUACAUUGGGCUCAUAGGUGCUGUAAAAGUACGUAAUUUUUAUAAAUUAAUUGUAUUAAUUUAUUUGAUUAAAUGUUUUUGCAUUAUUUUAGAAUGUUUUUCAUGAAAGAGUAAAAGUCUAUCAAAAUAUGCAACAUGCUCAAAUGAUACUAACUAAAAAACGGGAACAAAAAUCUAAACUUGAACUCACUGGGCGUUUAGAUAAAGUAGGCACAGUUACAAAUGAAGUUUCUGAGGUAAAGUACCUAUAAAAUACCAGAGUUUGACAUUUAUUACAUUUGUAUUACACAAUUAGUAAACAAUUGGUUUUUUCUAGUGGGAGGCCAAAUUAUCCAGAAGUCAAGAUGAAUUUGAUCAGAUUUCAAAAACUAUUAAAGUAGAAUUCGAACAGUUUGAAAUAAACCGAAUAAAAGAAUUUAAAACUGUUAUUUCUUCGUACCUUGAAGAAAUGAUAAAUCAUCAGACUCAGGUAAUGGUUAAUAACAACAUAUAAUUAAAUACGAUAAUUUCAAUGUGAAACUUAAAGGUUUUGGUUUAUCAAUAUCUCAACCAUAUUUGUAUAGUUUAAUUUGAUUAUUUCUUCCAUAAGAGAAGUCAUAACUCAAUAUCCAUUAAUGUUAUAAUGCGUGAAAUGUCCUUUUUUGUUAAAUUUUGUUUUCUUUAGAUAAUAAAACACUGGCAAGCAUUUAUCCCAGAAGCCAAAGCUAUAGCCUGA